AUUGUCCUCCACUCGGUCUAGAGACAUUAAAAAUUACUGACUUCCAGCUCCAUGCCUCUACAGCAAAGCGGUAUGGCCUUGGGGCCCACAGAGGAAGGCUUAAUAUUCAGGCAGGUGUUAACGAAAAUGAUUUUUAUGAUGGUGCUUGGUGUGCAGGAAGAAAUGAUCCAUAUCAGUGGAUUGAAGUAGAUGCUCGAAGGCUAACAAAAUUCACUGGAGUCAUCACGCAAGGAAGAAACUCUCUCUGGUCGAGUAACUGGGUGACCUCUUACAGAGUAUUGGUGAGCAAUGACAGCCAUGCAUGGACUGCUGUCAGAAAUGAAUCUGGAGAUGUGAUUUUUGAAGGAAACAGUGAAAAAGAGAUCCCAGUUCUCAAUAUGUUGCCGGUGCCGCUGGUUGCACGUUAUAUCCGUAUAAAUCCCCGGUCCUGGUUUGAAGAAGGUAGCAUCUGUAUGAGACUGGAAAUCUUAGGGUGUCCUUUGCCAGACCCAAAUAAUUACUACCACAGAAGAAAUGAAAUGACAACCACAGAUAAUCUUGACUUUAAGCAUCACAACUACAAGGAAAUGAGGCAGUUGAUGAAAACUGUGAAUAAAAUGUGCCCAAAUAUCACAAGAAUUUACAAUAUUGGAAAAAGCAACCAAGGACUAAAGCUGUAUGCUGUCGAGAUUUCUGACAACCCAGGAGAACACGAAGUUGGUGAACCAGAAUUUCGGUACAUUGCAGGAGCUCAUGGGAAUGAAGUGCUUGGACGUGAGCUAAUCCUUUUGUUAAUGCAGUUCAUGUGUCAGGAAUAUCUGGCUGGAAACCCGCGCAUUGUACAUCUCAUUGAGGAUACCAGAAUCCACCUCCUGCCCUCAGUCAACCCAGAUGGAUAUGACAAGGCAUAUAAAGCGGGUUCAGAAUUAGGGGGUUGGUCUUUAGGACGAUGGACUCAGGACGGUAUUGACAUCAACAAUAAUUUCCCUGAUUUAAACUCUUUGCUCUGGGACUCUGAAGAUCAGAAGAAGAGUAAAAGAAAAGUUCCAAACCAUUACAUCCCAAUCCCUGACUGGUACCUGUCUGAAAAUGCCACCGUGGCAGUUGAGACACGGGCAAUAAUAGCAUGGAUGGAAAAAAUUCCCUUUGUGUUGGGUGGCAACUUGCAGGGAGGAGAGCUGGUGGUGGCGUACCCUUAUGAUAUGGUGCGAUCAAUGUGGAAAACCCAGGAUUACACACCUACCCCAGACGAUCACGUCUUUCGCUGGCUUGCGUAUUCCUACGCCUCUACGCACCGGCUGAUGACAGAUGCAAGAAGGAGAGCGUGUCACACGGAGGAUUUCCAAAAGGAGGAUGGCACUGUUAAUGGAGCCUCCUGGCAUACUGUGGCUGGAAGCAUAAAUGACUUCAGUUACCUGCACACCAACUGCUUUGAGCUAUCCAUUUAUGUUGGCUGUGACAAGUAUCCCCACGAGAGCGAGUUGCCUGAAGAAUGGGAAAACAACCGCGAGUCCCUAAUUGUUUUUAUGGAACAGGUCCAUCGGGGCAUCAAAGGCAUAGUAAAAGAUGUGCAUGGGAAAGGAAUCCCAAAUGCUGUUAUUUCAGUGGAAGGUGUAAACCAUGACAUUCGCACAGGAGCUGAUGGGGAUUACUGGCGUCUUCUCAACCCAGGGGAAUACGUGGUAGGCGUGAAGGCGGAAGGCUACACCGCCGCCACCAAGACCUGCGAAGUUGGCUAUGACAUGGGAGCUACUCAGUGCGACUUCACCAUCUCCAAAACCAACUUGGCAAGAAUCAAGGAGAUCAUGAAGAAGUUUGGGAAGCAACCAAUCAGCAUGUCUGUCCGGCGGCUCAGGCAGAGGUCUCGGCAGUGGCAACAGCAGCGAUAG